AUGAUUGAGCACAUCGCCGCUUGCGAAAUCAUUCUCGAAAAUGCCCACCAGGAUGACGCUAUUCUUUCAACGGAAUUUGAAAGCUCUAAAACAACGGAGCAGGAACUGAAUGUAUUGGAUGUAUUGAAAAACGCUCUGGCUGGAUCUGCAACUCUAUUGACCUAUUUGAAUGAGACGGUGGUACAUAACAAGUCAAAGCCAAUUGAAGUACGUAUCAGUGCUUGUCAUUUCACCAAUGGUAAAACGGAUUCGGAAUACGACGAAAAAGUAUUCAUGGUUUUCUCUCCGCUUUUAUUUGAUGAGGAAGAGCAUCUAGUUUUGAGAGCGAUGGCUUUGGAUAUUAUUCUUCAGCAUCUGAAUGGAGCAAUACAUCUCCUUCAAGCUAGCAUCAAACAUUUCAAAUCAUCCACAUAUCUCUACGGAUAUUUUUAUUCGUACAUCGAACAACUGUACAGAAGCUCUACAAGUCAUUCACAUCGGGACCAUUUGAAAAAAUUGAUAGCUAACUACAAAUUGCUAGAAGAUGUUCCAACAAAACGAUCUCCAAGUUUUGUCAAAUUUUUCUCUUCGCCAAGAAAUGAUGGAUCUUCUAAUAAAUCUUCUCUGUACGAAGGUCAAGAAUUGGUGAUUAAGCAUAUUGCAGAUCCUGUGACGUCACUACCUCACUUGCUACAACUAAAAUUGGAUUCGUUUGAUGCGGAUCAUGUCACAAAUGUAUUCUUGAUACACAUUGAGCUAAACGGAGUCAAUCAGCAUUUGCUAGCCAACGUUCUGAAAAAUAUCAACCAAACUAUACCGAUGCAUGAAAUUCCCAAAUUGUUGAAAACGACAUUUGACGACUGGAAAACUGAAGGAAAUGUUGAAAUUGUGCUGGAAAAGCUGGGCUAUGUGUUGAAACGUGUAUCCCAUAGACUUACAGCUGAUGAUGGAGAUUCUCAAAAACAGACUCUGGCUGAGAAAUUUUGGCAACUUAUGAGUUUGGGCAUAUUAGAUUAUGAAGAGUUGUUGUUCUGUAGAACUGAUUCUGUUUCAAAAAACUCAAGCAAGCAGCAUAAGUGUGAACGGAACUCUGUUCAUAACAGCAUAGGUCUAUUGCAUAAUGAAGAGAAUGUAUUUGUAGCUGAGAAUGGAUUCACAGUUAUGCAGUCAUAUUUCACGCCAUACUAUUUCCAUCUUGACAAAAACGAGUCAAUAUCAGACGCUGGUUUAGAUUCUUCUUCAUUCGUCAGGUUGUGGCUAGCCAGAGAAAAGGAAUUUUCUGUUUAUGAUCCGAUGCUUAGCUGUUGGACAGGAUUAACAGAGCUGCAUACAACCCAGCUUCAAAUGCCAUUCAAUAUUGAAGCUUUCAACGUGACUAACAAACACUUCAAAGCAGUACUCGUAAACAAUAACG